AACAGAAAAGACGCCUCAUCCGGAUAAGUCACAUACCAUAAAGGCAAACUCUCUGUAUUUAUCUCGGCAAUAGUGAUUCAUUUUUGUUUUCCGUGAUAUGUUUUAAUUCAUAGAAACAAGGAGCAAUGGACUUCUACAUCAAUUUGAAGGUGAAUUUCAGGGGGAAUGCGAAGAAUUUUCUCCUGUCAGGUUCGGAGACGAAGAGUUGGGAGUCAAUGGAGGCCAUGGUGAAAAGGUCCUUUGGCCUGUGUAAUCUACAGGUUACUUAUUUUGAUGAGGAGAAUGAGGAGGUAUCCAUAAACAGCCAAAUGGAGUAUGAGGAGGCAUUAAAGAGUGCAUCCAGGCAAGGGAACCGGCUGCACAUGAAUGUGUAUGAGACCAGGGGUCAGCCCACGCGUGUGCCGGCCAAGGCCAGUGGAGGGGAGCCCAAGAGAGGGUUCCGUCCCCCACAGCACUGCCCAACCCUGGCUCAGGUGGUGAGCCGGAAGGUCCAGGCUGCUGUCCCCGAACAGGGCAUGGUGAUCAUGAAAGAACUAAAGGGGACCAAAGAGGAAGAUAAGACACCUCCAGCAUGGUUUACAUCUUACAUGGAGAAGUUCAAAGACCAAGUAGUGAGGGAGGCAGUAGAGAAGAUCUGUCGGGAGUUCUCGGGCCAGUGCUGCAUCCACAAGCCUAUUGGGGCUGAGGCCCAGAUCCCUGAGGUGACCUCCUCCACCCUGCCUGGGGGUCCGAGUUUCACCCCUGCCUGUAGCAGCUGCCGGGGCCAGACCGCUGGGGGAGGAUACCAGUGCAGUGUGUGUACGUCCUGCACACUGUGUGAGCCCUGCAGCUUCUCCCAUGACCCCAGCCACAACCUGGUGAGAGCCAGAACACCCCUCUCCAUCCCUGAGCACGGCUCACCAGCCCCAGACCACAGCAGGUUCUACCGGCGAGGGGACCGGAGCUUCCGGAAGGCGGAGAAGCAGCGUCUGAAGGCUGAGAAGCGUCAGCUGAAGGCGGAGGUAAAGGAGAUCAGGAAGCAGCUGAAGAUGGAAAGGAGGGGCCUGCAGUGGAGUGCCGCCGGCGACGGGAGCUCCUCCCCCGUCCUGCUCCAACCCAGGGCCACCCAGGCCAACAGCCCGGAGCGUCCCAAGCGGCCAUGCCCUCUGGUGGUGCCAGCCAUGACGGCCCUGUUCCUGGAUGAGAACCUGCCUGAUGGGACUCGUCUUCGCCCGGGCACCAGGUUCAUCAAGUACUGGAAGAUGAGAAACACUGGCAGCGUGAGCUGGAGCUCUGAAACCAAGCUGAAGUUCAUGUGGGGGAAUCUGGCGGUGGCGUCGGGUGACCGCUGGCGUGAGGUGGCUGUGCCUUUCCUGCAGCCAGGUCAGGUGGGCGUAGUAAGCGUGGCCCUAUGCGCCCCGGCCCUGGAAGGCUCAUACACCUCCCACUGGCGUCUGGCACACGGUGGGGAGCAGUUUGGCCCUCGCGUCUGGUGCAGCAUUGUGGUGGACCCCCUGGCCCCUGCAGCCAUGAUAGCAGAUGGCGUGCUGGUGUCGCCCUGCGUCACCCCACAGGGGAAGAACCCCCUCUCCACAGAUAAGGGUGGGAAGUCUUGUGCUGCAGCCUCUAGGGAUCAAGCACUCAUGUCAGUGGACCAAGGCGAACGAGAAUACUACAUUCCCUCUGUGGACCUGCUCACAGCCCAGGACUUACUCUCCUUUGAGCUGCUUGACAUCAACAUUGUGCAGGAACUAGAGAGCGUGCCCAACAACACCCCGGCAGAUAUGACCCCGUGCAUAUCCCCAUUGCCUCAUGACGGUCCCCUGCAGGAGAAGCCCACCCUGCGGUUGAUCCAGGAGGAAGCAGAGGCCCAUCAGGCCCAGGGAGUCACAAGCAUCCAGCUGUCUCAGGGCCUGGUGCCAGGGGCGGAGGGGGGCCGGGUUCCAGCCCAGGAGGAGGGAGAGGAGGAUAUGAGCGGGACUCAGUUUGUGUGUGAGACGGUGAUGCGCUCGCUCACACUGGAGGAGGCCCCAGACCACACACCCCUGUGUGGGAACUGCCCCAGCAAAGUGGUUCGCCCAGCAGCCCAAGGUGGCUCCGCCUCCUCUUCUCUUAAAGGGAAAGGUGUUGAGAAGCGGUUGGAGAAAACCCAGAACAUAUCGCCCGUGGCCCCAGCCCUAGCACCACCCCAGCUGGCUAUACCAGAGCUGAUGAUGCCAGAUGAGGGACUGGAGUCAGACAUCGAGAGCAUCUGCAUGGACGCCAGAGGGGACAAAGACGAGGGCGACGAUAAAGGAGAGUUGACAGAGGGGAACAGGGGAGCCCGCAGCCGUUCCUCCUCGGCCUCAUCCGAGGAUUACAUCAUCAUCCUCCCUGACUGCUUCGACACCAGCCGCCCGCUGGGAGAGUCCAUGUACAGCUCUGCCCUCUCCCAGCCUGGAGAUGCCCCCGACACGCCCACAGACCCUGACAGCCAGGGCCGUACCACUCCCGAGGGGGAGCAAGAUGAAGCAGAAGAGACCGUUUCAGGCUCCAGCAGCGCCAACGAUAUGCUGUGCACCUCCCAGACUUUGGACGCCGUGCCCCUAACCCCUGUGGUGGUGGCACCCCCUCGGCUCAACUCAGCUCUUACACCCAGCCUCGACAGCAAUGAUCAGACCAAGGCAGCAGCAGAGUCCCUGGACAGGACUGAGGUCUACCAGCAGGGAGAGUCAGAGGAUGGUUCCAAGCAGCCAGACAGCCAACCAGACAGCCCAUCUGCUUCUGGUGACUCAGAAGACAACUCCGAAGACCCGAGGCACCCAGGCAUCACUGGAGGCCUGGUGAAAGGAGCCCUGUCUGUCGCAGCAUCCGCCUACAAGGCUCUGUUCACUGGGCAGCCUGGCCCAGUGCAGCCCCCAGUGGAUGGAGCCACCCAGGACACCAUGAUGGGGGUGUUGGUGGAGAUGGGCUUUGGUGACCGGCCGCUCAACCAGCGGCUGCUGAAGAAACACAACUACAACCUACUGGACGUGGUCAAUGAACUGGUCCAGAUGACCGACAAUGAUUGGUACUCCACCCGCUACUGAGGAGAGAGGGAGGAGGAGCUGGGGUGGUGUCAUGGGUGUAACCUCUGCUGCCUUGACCUCGUGUCUCUUCUUCCUCUCUUAGAUUUGGCCCAAGUUGACAGGAGAUAUCCUGAUUAUGACCUAAAGAGACAUUCCCAUGGACUUUGGGAUAUUUAGACUAUCAAAUAGCUACUGUAUGUAUGUAUGUAUGUAUGUAUGUAGAUUAAUUUAACAUGUCUGUUUCUGGCUGUUAGCUUUUGCAGUAUGUGUACGUUUAGCUGAAGGGAUGUUGGGUGUACUAUUUAUCACAGAGCCAGGACCAUAUAGGUCUUACCAAAUGAUAAGCUGUGGCAAUAGUCAACAUUGUAUGACGUUAAUCAACUUCAUAGAGUGUUUGAAUAGUGGACACGUCAGGUCCUCGUUCCAAGCGUGAAUGACUGUCAGUGUUGGAGAAUGCUAUGCUUCUUUCAGAUCACAGCAAUUAAACACACACCCACAUGCUUAAACCUUUCUCAGCUUAACUGUUCAAAGUAUCAGCAUACUGUAGACGUAUGAUGUGUGUCUUAUUGAUUGAAGAUCAUCAUUCCCCUACUUUCUGUGAUGUCGUGCCAUGGCUGACAACAUGCUAUGGAUAUUUGAGUAAUGGUGUACACAUGAAGUAUUUUUGAAAUGAGGACCAUUACAUGGAUGGUCCAUUUAGUUCCAUUUUGAGAGGGUAAUUUAAUCACCAUUCUUAACUAGGAGUAUAUUUGGGUUUAAAAAUAAUCAUGUAAAUAUAAUAUACAAAUGUUUUUUUGUUGCACAUGGAAGACAAAUAUUGAUGCAAACCCAAAAGACUAGCUGCUCAAGAAGUGAAGGACGUUAUAAUUUUUAAGAUCCUGUUGAAGGGAUUUUAUUUAUCAAGAAAUGAAUUAACCUCCUUUACAAAAUGUCUUCAAUCUGCUCUAUAUUGUCCUCAGAGGGAGGGGGUUCUUUUCAGAACCAUACAGGGGGCCUGGUGUUCAUGAUAUAUCAAAAGCAUUGACUCGCUCCACUUGGUAUAAUUUUUUCCACUUAGUAUCAUUCUUUAAAAAAAAUGUCAAGUUCUUUCAAAACUGAAAUCAAGCAGUAUGUAACAAGUUUGAAAUACUUAUUUUUUUCCAAUAUGGAAAUGCUAACGUGUUUCAGGUAAUCCUAGGAGGUAAUCUUUGUUAAAAUAUUUUUGGUUUUAGACUUGAUUGCUUGAGGGCUGUUUUGGAAAUGUGAAGGAAGAUGUGCCUAUGUUCUUCUGGUUGAAGCUUGUUCAUGUCAUUGUGUUUGAAUUCCCACUGUUCUAAUAUGUUUUUAUUUGAAGAAAAGAUACUGGAAAGGUUUGCUUAAGUCUUGUACACUAAGGGGAACUUGACAGGGUUGUGAGCAUUGUGAAAAAUAAUUAGUGGCCAGUCAUAUAAUGUAGAAAAUUGAUACUGGUAAAAAUCAUUAGUACAAAAACCCUUUGAAUCGACCCUAUUUUGGUAUAGUGUAGUCUUAAUGGUUCUUAGGGUUUGUCUUACCAAAGGAUGUGUCUGCUAAAUGACUCAAAUGUACAGUCCUACCAGGUGAUGGUAUUUGAUUUAUUACCACUUAUGAGUCAACUUUUAGGGUGUCAAGGAGAAACUAAAUUCAAGGACAAUAAGGAUUGUGGUCUUUUGAAUUAAAAUUAAAGUAAGCUUUUCCCACAUAUGUCAGAAAUUAUGGCAGGUUAAUGGAGGUCAGAAACCAUGCGAUUCAUACAUUUCUCCAUACAUGUACUUGAAACAUUCAUACCUUCCAUAUAUGGGCAGGAUAUUUUCAUAGAGUGUGAGGAAUGAGAACUCCAAAAAGUUUUUAGGGAGGGAUAAUGUGCAGUUUGUCUGAACUCUUUCUGUGUUGCACUUAAGACUUGCCUGGAACCUUGACAUUGAAUUGCAUUGCAUUCUAGGUUGGGCAGAAUUUAGCACAUGAAUCAGGAAAAGUUUAUACUCACGACUUCUACAAGCCAGAAUGUUGAAUAAAAUUAUAUUUUAAUGUACUUUACCGGCAUGCACACAUGAUAAAAAUAUAUGCAUUACUUGCCGAGCUCGUGCACGUGUUUACAUGGUUUUGCGCAUGCUUCAGGUGAUAGAAAUCUGAAUGUAAUUCUACUUUCCUGUGGAUAUUGUCUCACAUUCCUUCCACCAAAAGGACCAACCACACAGACAACCGGUAAAGUACGUAAAAACUAUUUUAUUCAACAUUUUGGCUUGUAGAGAUUCAAACGCUCAUUUCUGCCUACCUAGAAUUCAAUGUUGGGUUUCCAGGCAAUUAAAAUGCAUAGGCUACCUGUGAUGUACAAAUAUCUGUCUCUAAUAAAAGUCACUACACUUAAUGUCACUUAUUUGAAUAAGGCUAAAUAAAACACAUUUAAAAUGCUCACAUACACUA